ACUCAAAAUACUCUUGAGAUACGAGCAAAUGUAUACAUCGCCUUCCUUAACAAACACGAAUCAAUUAAUGGCAGACAAGAGAGCACUGAGACUCAGUCAGACUCCUGCACUGCUAGUGCUUAAGGUUUGCCAAAGAGUGCGUCAAUGGUUCGCCCCAUUGAUUGUCGAAACGCGCGAUCGAAAGCAACUGACCAUUUGGUUUGUGAGAUGCCGAGUGACCGGUCAG